UUAUUUUUACAGCUUGCACACUGAUUAGGUUUAAUUAGUUCUGGGUAGAGUGUACAUAUAAGUGUACAUGUAUAUAUAUGAGGAAGAAUACCUCUGACAGCCUCAUUUUUUUUUAAAGUCACCAAAGAAUAACAGACUAUGAAAUUCCUCGCGGUAUAUUUUGCUGUCGUCUGUAUAGUUUCCACUAUCUAUUCAAUAAAUGGACAAAAAGUAUAUGUAAUGCAGCCUACUGCUGCGCCUGCACAAAAACCAGUUCCUAAACUAAAUCCUACAGGAAACCAUAUACCAGAAUACGAUGAUCAAUUUCCAGAUUUCCCACAUAAACAAUUUGCCAAAGAGGAAAGUCCAGAAGAAGCACUCUCUGAGAUUUUUAAUUCUGCACCUAUGAUUCCACUAUGGAUAGUAAAGUGGUUUUAUUAUUUUUAAGAUUUACAAUCAAUCACGUUUUGAAUCCCUAACUAAAUUGAUUGUCUUCUUUUAAUUUAUUUAAAAUGAAUCAAAUUAUAGUCCAUUUUAUUAUAUUUUCGAGUAAGUUUUCAACGCAAUGGUCCAAAGUAUCAUAUUUGUGCAAACUUUAUGAAGGUGUGCGUUUAAAAAUCUGAACAUUAUUUAAAUUAAUUAAUGCCUCAUAUAACCUAGUCUUUCUCCUGAAGCAUAUCAUCUAUGUGCCUUAUGUACACUGGGAAAAGAGUUGCGUGAUAAACACAAAAGGUGAAUAAAAAGAUGAGUAACUCAUAAGCUGAAAAACAAUAUGAUGAGUCCAGUUUAAGUCGUGCAUAAAAAAGAGACAAGAGACAUCAAAAGGAGAAGAGGUUAAAUUCAAAGAUUACAUCAUCAAAUGAAAUAGGCAGUAAAGAUAUUCAGUUAUCAGAGCUAGGAAACACUGACAACUGCUUCUUUCUGAAUGUGUAAAUUGUUUUUCAGGCGUCGUCAGACUUGAAGACAAUUGAGAUAAUUUGUCUACUGAUAAUUUUAAAGGGAUUCCCAAUGUCUGCCUCAUGAUCCCUAUUGACGGGAUGCCCAGUGAUUGCAAUAUCGAAAGUGUUUGUUUCUUUGAGCCGUCGGCUAUCUCGUACAUGUUCAGUAAAUCGCAGAUGUGCCUAGUGUAAAUUCAAAUUUCAUUUGCCCAGUAAAUAUUUACACCUGAUCACACACAAUAAACUCAGAAAAGCUGUUUCAUAAGGACGUCUCUGAUCAUCAACGGAGUGAGCAACACAGAAUACAUCAUUCUGUUGAAAUAAACACCGAACUUUUUAAUCGUUUACUAGUUGAAAACAGAUGAAGAAAGGUCAGUCCUAGUUGGAUCUACAGCAACAUAAUUUCAAACUGUAAGUGAAUGAAAGAAGAUGUCAACCGAGUUGUUAUUUGUGAAUUCUGUCAAACUUCAGUGUGUUUGAGCUAAAUAUGCGGAUCUAAGCUGACUCAGUUUAUGAAAAUUAGUCACGUUUAGAGAGUUCUUCAUAGAAUAGUGACUGUGCCUGAUAUAAUGCUUCCUCUGAUAUAAAUAUAACUUUAAUGUUUGAAAUUCAUUUACCUGUUGACCUCAAAUAGUCUGCACAUGAUGUAUGUAUGUACGCCUAUGUAUUUAUACAUAAACAAGUAGAUAUCGUGUUAAAAAGGUGUAAAACUUUCCAAAACAAGACAUACUCCUCAUCACUUUUCAAUUAAUAUUACUUAUUAUCAUAUUUUUCCAAAAUACCUCAUUAAAGGAUCACUGCAAGAGGAAUAGCUUGUAAGUUGAAACCUUCGACAACCAUCAGUUUCUAUAUACAUAUCUAUAUGCAAGUGGGACUUAAAACUAUUCAUUAUUUUAAACGGAUAGAUAAGAGAAGCGGAGAAUAAUUACUAGAGGGUUAUUUUCAGACCCUGAAAAAUGCUCACCAGGUAAUAGAACAAGUAGCUCAGCAAGCAGCAGGUCGGGUGUGAGGACAA